CAUGGGGAAUUCCUACACCCAAACCAAGCAUGGGGUAUAUCGACAGUAUUCCUACACCCAAGCCAAGCAUAGGUUAUAUCAACAGUAUUCCUACACCCAAACCAAGCAUGGGGUAUAUUGACAGUAUUCCUACACCCAAACCAAGCAUGGGGUAUAUCAACAGUAUUCCUACACCCAAGCCAAGCAUAGGGUAUAUCAACAGUAUUCCUACACCCAAACCAAGCAUGGCGUCUAUCGACAGUAAACCUACACCCAAACCAAGCAUGGUGUCUAUCAACAGUAUUCCUACACCCAAACCAAGAAUGGGGUAUAUUGACAGUAUUCCUACACCCACACCAAGCAUGGGGUAUAUUGACAGUAUUCUUACACCCAAACCAAGCAUGGGGUAUAUUGACAGUAUUCCUACACCCAAACCAAGCAUGGGGUAUACUGACAGUAUUCCUACACCCAAACCAAGCAUAGGGUAUAUUGGCAGUAUUCUUACACCCAAACCAAGCAAGGGGUAUAUUGACAGUAUUCCUACACCCAAACCAAGCAUGGGAUAUAUUGACAGUAUUCCUACACCGAAACCAAGCAUGGGGUAUAUUGACAGUAUUCUUACACCCAAACCAAGCAUGGGGUAUAUUGACAGUAUUCCUACACCCAAACCAAGCAUGGG